AUGGGAUCGUCGGAUUCUGGAAACGAGUCCAAGACCAAUGAAGGUACUUUACAGGCCACGGCUUCCAAGAAAAUGCCAUUGAAGCUUGUCGAUCAGGAUGGAACAAUGCUAGUGUUCAAUGUUAAGGUAAACACAACAUUCAAGAAGAUACUCGAUGCCUUCUCUCGUAAUGUUGGGAAGAACAGCUCCGAGUUUCGACUAUUGUUCAACGGAAAGAACAUCGAUCCUGGAAAGACACCAAACGACUUUGGAUUUGAGGGCAAUGAGGAACUUGAGGUAGUGACCUCACAAGUGGGAGGAUCGUCGUGGUAG